UAAAUAUAGAGAAAAACUAAUGAGGUUUCAUCAAAGUGAAACAACAUAUCAAUAUACAUUGAGUGGUUAAGGAAGAAAAACAAUGGAGUGCAAGAGUGAAGAGCGUAUCUCAAAACUCCUUGGAGCUCAAACCCAUGUUUGGAAUCACAUUUUCAGCUUCAUAAAUUCCAUGUCCCUCAAAUGUGCAAUUGAUUUGGACAUACCUGACAUCAUACACAAGCAUGGUGAACCCAUGCCACUCUCAAAACUCACUGCUUCAGUAUCACUCCAUCCUUCCAAAGCCAACUGCAUCUACCGGUUGAUGCGAAUCUUGACCCAUUCUGGCUUCUUCUCUGAAGUCAAGGUGAAUGAGAAUGAGCUUGAAGUGGGUUAUGUGUUGACUGAUGCAUGCACUCUAUUACUUAAGGACAACCCCUUGAGUAUGACACCUUUCUUGCAUGCCAUGCUUGAUCCAAUUUUGACAAAGCCGUGGCAUGAAUUGGCUACAUGGUUCAGGAAUGAUGAUCCCUCGCCAUUCCACACAGCACAUGGGAUGAAAAUCUGGGACUACGCUGGGCGUGAUCCAAGACUGAAUCAUCUUUUCAAUGAUGCGAUGGCAAGUGACGCUGAAUUGGUUGGCAAUGUGGUUAUUGAGAGGUGUGGGGGAGUGUUCAAGGGGUUGGAGUCACUUGUUGAUGUCGGUGGAGGCACAGGUACCAUGGCAAAGGCAAUUGCCAAAUCAUUCCCUCACUUAGACUGCACCGUGUUUGAUCUCCCACAUGUUGUUGCCGACUUACAAGAAGCUGACAACUUAAAAUUUGUUGGAGGUGACAUGUUUGAGUCAGUUCCUCCUGCAGAUGCCGUUCUAUUGAAGUGGAUAUUGCAUGACUGGAAUGACGAGCAGUGUGUGAGAAUACUGAAGAAAUGCAAGGAGGGAGUAAAGAGGAAGGUGAUUGCGAUAGACAUGGUGUUGGAGAGUGAAAAGCUUGAUUAUGAAUCAACUGAAACGCAGCUCAUGAUUGAUAUGGUUGUCAUGGUGUUGUAUCCUGGAAAAGAGAGGACCGAGAAAGAAUGGGCUAAGAUCAUUUUCUCUGCUGGUUUCACUGACUACAAGAUAACUCCACUGGUGGGUUUGAGGUCUCUCAUCGAGAUUUAUCCCUAACACUUUACUUCUUAUGGACUGUACUGUGUGGCAUAUUAUUAUAUAACUCCACUUGAAUUUCAGCACCACUUCGUCAAUAAAGGCCCUUUCAUUGCGUGAUGGAAUGGAUUCAAUGAAAUGCUUUUUCUAAUUUCUUUUUUAACUCUAUUGUCUCUAUCCUUUUCCCUUUCUGUAUCAUUCGUCUUCUGCCUUUUUUUUUCGUGUUUGUGUUCACACGACUGUCCCAGUAUUUAUCAAUACAAUAGAAUUGGCAUCUCAAAUAAUUCUAUUGUUUGAUCCUAUCUUAGUGCUGGUUUUUAUGUAAACUGAUUUCUUGUAAUGUUACUAUUUAUGUUUUUCUAUUAAUAUUA